GCUUCGCCCCGGGUUUCAUCAUUUCUCGCUGCUGCAAGGCCCAGCCGUUCAGCGUUGCGGAUUCUCCGGCUCCUGUCAAAGAACUGUACGUGGUCGGAAUACCUGCGCCAAGGCUUGCGUGCUCACCUCGUCGGUGGUUAUUGGAGUCAUCGGUGUUUGCGCGGUGCUCCUAAUGGCCUACAGGGACUCGCGUUUCCUGCUGCGCCCUCGCAAUUCCAAACCGAAGAUGGACCGAGGCGCUACCUCUCAGCCCUUUCUCAACAAUUCGACACAAGAAAGCUUUGUUGCAGCAGGAACAAAAGAUGGCCGAGGAGUCAGCAUCGCAGAUAAUAGCAACUGCACCAACCAGUUGUGCCUACCGGAAGCGAGCUACCUCGUCUCCCGGCUGAACCUGAGCGUGGGCCAGUGCGACGACUUCUACCGCUUCGUAUGCUCGGACCGAUGGUUCGCGCACGAGUCUCAGGAACUGCCGUUCCGCUUCUCCAGCGUGCAGCACGUUUACGACACGCUGCAACGUUACGCGAAGGACGGGCUGCUCAACCUCGUGAACAACGAAAAGCUUGAUGCCUCUUCGGCCUUGGUCAAAACACUGGUGUUCGUCGAAAACUGCACCUCUUCAGCAACCAGGCUGCAGAGCGAGCCGGAGCACUUCGAGGCCGUGAUGCGGCGCUUCGGCCUGGGCCUCUUUCCGUACACCUCGCGUCCCCUGCGGUCCAGCAACGUCCACUUCGUGCUGGCCACCAUGGCCAGGGAGCUCGGCCUGUUCCCCAUUUUCGCCGUUGCCGUACUGCCUGCAAGCAAAAGAAAGAAAAGGCACCACACCAUUCUGCUGAAACAAAGACUCCGAAGAUGGCACGAGGCGGAUCUGCUGAGCACGGACACGUACCACUGGGUGCUUAAGAGGUCUGCCUCGCUGCUUCCGUCCAUCCAGCACCUGACCUUGCAGCAGUACCAGGAGGUGCUCAAGUUCUCCAAGGAAGUUCUCAUGAUGGCUGCGUACAGGCCUCCCGUUCCAGAGCACGCACUCGUCAAUGCCGCCGAAUUCGCCAUGUACGAGAAGAUCAAUCUGACGUCCUUUCUCGCCACCCUAUUCGAACAGUCGCACGUCUACACCAAGGAGUCGUCAAUCGCCGUCAACUCGAAAGCUUACUUCCACCGGCUUUUCACCUACCUUGACACUGGCGUUGACGAGUCGACGGUGUUGAACUAUCUCGGCGUCUACCUGUGGGUGCACCUCUCGCCGCUGUUCCCCGACGAACACAGCAAUGAACCGCACCUCCCCGGAGUGCCGUACGGAAUGCCGGGCGGGUCCAAGCGGUUCCCUCUGUGCCUCCGCUACGCAGAGACUCUUUGUCCGCAGGGAAUGUUCGCACUCCUCACUGUGGCGAUGGGACAGACCAAUUCGUCCGUGGAAUUCGUGAGGCCGCUCGAAUGGUGGAUCGGGGAUUUGAAGGACGUCCUCUUCAACUUUACGAAGCGGCUUACAUGGCAAGACGAAGAGACUGUCGAAAAACUGUUAGCCAAGGUUGAAAAGAUGCACAUCUCCUUCGUCAUUCCUGGCUCGCUGCUGCAUGAGCCCAACGUCUUCAAGUGGACAUGCGAGAGCUACGACGUCAAGUUUGCCGCGCUGCCACCCAUAUUGCACUUCGUCGAAGCCAAGGCAACCGUUCUUCGAAGCCACUGGAACCAUGUGCACACGGGCAUCUCUCUAUUGCAUCACAUGCAGAGUUUUGAUUACAAGAUUCGUUACUCGCAUGAUGCUAAUACGCUGAGUGUACCAGCAUCGUAUUUUGGCGAGGUUCUCAAAGCUCCACCAGUUCUGAGGCGGUUUUACGCUGUGAAAAUCCUUCCGGACGCUUUAGAGGAAGUUCUUAAGCUCCUGCUUAAGCAAGGAUCUUACUCUCUCAAGAACUUCACCGUUUUCUCGUCGUGGACGGAAAACGCAACCUUGCGUUUCGACGCCCUAGAAGACUGCCUCAUGAAGGCAUACAUAGACAAGCUACUUGUCCCUCUUAACUACACGGUUCUGAAAUCCAAUUUUCCUUGGGUUCUUGCCGAGUUUGUCGGUGCAAGGUUGGCCCUCGAUCUUUAUGUCGAGCUUUACAAGAAGAUCUCUGCAAAAGCGACCCCAAAUGACUCCGGAAUUUUCGUGCGUGGCUUCAGCCCUUUCAGAGCAGAUCAGAUGGCAUUCAUCUUUUACGCUGAGAAUGCUUGUGAGCCGCUGCCAACUCUGAAUGCCACUCACCGCUUCUUGACGCAUGGUAUUUCGCCUCGCGACAAGACAAGAGUGUCGCUCGCCAGCCUGCAAGACUUCACCAGCAGCUUCCGUUGCCUGGGCGGCAUGGCCAUGCGAUCGGCCGUGCCUCCUACCUGCAGGCCGUGGCGUAACGGCUAGGCGUGUCUCCAGUCGCCGCCGCCGCACCCGAGCACUUUCUAGAGCGGCGACAGCAUCUAUUGCGACAGCGCCCCACGUGACGACGGCCAUUUUGUUGUCCCCGUCCGUUCAAACACAUAAACUAUCCAAACGACCUCGGUCGUUCGGCCCGUGUCUUCGCAGUCGUAAAUCAACCGCCGAUGUUGACAGAGACCGUCUGCGCGUGGUCGUCAACCUGCCCCCUCCCCCACACCCCCUCCUACGGUUAGCCGUGAAUACUACAUUGUGUAUACGUGUUUCGCCGCCAUAUUGGACGCAUUGUUUAAUCAGCCUUUACCUUUCGCGACAUUCGCGUGGUGUCACCCGUUACCGGACAGCGAGUGAGCAUAUCUACAGAGUGACGCUCGAGUCUCCCGUCGACCGUUGGCUCGUUGGUCUCAUUUUACGAGAUUUCUGUACUCAGCAAUUAACCGACUGCCGUUUACGCUAAUGAAUAAAGUAUCUAA